AUGCCUUCAAGGAAGAAAUGGCCAUUGAAGCUUUAUCUGUCGACCACAGAAGAAUCAAUUGGUAGAAUGCUUGCUCAGAAUAAUGAACUAGGGAAGGAACAAGCUGUUUACUAUUUAAGCAGAGUACUAACUGAUGUUGGAUGCAGAUAUUCUUCAAUUGAGAAACUUUGUUUAUAUUAUUCAGCUAUGAAAUUAAGAAUAUAUAUGCGGCUGGUUGAUAUUUACAUUCUUUGUCAAACUAAUGUGAUUAAAUAUAUGCUAUCAAGGCCAUUAAUCAAUGGCCGAAUAGUUAAAGGAAGGGUUCUGACUGAUUUCUUGGCCGAUCAUCCUUCAACUGAUAUUAAUCCACAGAAAUAUGAUGAAUUGGAGUCAUCAGCCAUAUUCCUAACUCCUUGGAUAUUGAUGUUUGAUGGAUCAAGCACGGCCGAUGGAGCAGGGACAGGUAUUGUUAUCAUUUCACCAGCCGAGAGAAAGACUUCAUUUUCAUUCUUCUUAGAUUUUAAAUGUUCAACUAAUCAGGCCGAAUGUGAAGCACUUAUAAUCGGCUUGGAAAUUCUAAUUGAAAUAACUGUUGGGGAUGUUAAGAUUUUGGAAGAUUCAAACUUGGUACUAAGUCAAAUUACUGAAGAUUUCAAAUGUUUAAGUUGGCAAUUAAGGCCGUUUCAUUCUCUGGCCACUUCAUUGUUGAAUCAAUUUAAUACUGUUCAACUUAAGUUCUGGCUGAGAGGACAGAAUAAGGAGGCUAAUACCAUGGCCCAAGCAGCCUUUGGAAUUAAGGUACCAAUUGGAAUGGAGGAUUGA